GCCAUGUUUAAUUGCUUCUGGUUUGAGAAGAAAGAAAACGGUUUGAAAACGUAAGCGACGUUUGAGCUGUGUAAGAAUAUAAAAACAGAGAGAAAUAACUAUUAUUACUUGUUUUACUAUUCAGAAGACUGCGUCUUGUGAGUUCUGGGCAAAGAACUUAUAAACAUGGAUGGGACUGAUCCUUACCAAGCAUUUUUACGCAACCAUCAACCACAGUUGGUGUCUUCGGGUGUUCCACAGAUUUUUUGGUCCACUUUGUGCACAAAACUGCAACGUCAUACCUUUGAUGCUGGAGAUAGUUUUGAGAUCGUUCGUUUAGAGUAUGCUGAAGGCGAAAAAGAGAACAAUGAUCCAAUUUGGAAAGUUUAUAUAGUAAAAGAAGAUGGAAUUUCUGCAAAGGAUCCAAAUAAUAUUUUCCUCGUAGAUCAUGCAUGGACAUAUGAUGUUAAAACUGCGAGGCGAAAUCUGGUCCAAGUUCCAGGGUUAUUAGAUCGUAUGAGUAAUCUUAUGGGUUUCGAUAAGGAUAGGGCAGAAGAUGAGAAGCUUGAAUUUGUACUCUCUGAAAUGUGGAGAUUUAAUAGCUUUUUCUCACUCGGUAAUGCUUCUACAAUAGAAGAACGACUGCCGAUUUGGUACAUUAUGGAUGAGCUGGGUUCAGCAAUUAAUCACAGUGAUGAUCCAAAUUUUAGAACAGUGCCCUUCCUUUAUGCAUCCGAAGGAGUCACGUACACUCUUCUGUUUCCGAUUAAAGAUGUUCCAUUUGAAGCUGAAAUUACUAGAGAUUAUGUAGAAGGAGUAACAAAUGAUCCCAACAAGCGUCGAGCAUUACUACUUCCUUGGAAAACUAAUAACUUCAUUCAGGAAAAUUUUGUGCAAGUGGAACCAGAUGAAUCUUACUUUUUAUCUGGUCAUAUUGAGGAGACUUUGCCGGAAGAAACAGUCACGAAUACCCUACAAAUUUUAGAGAAUACAAAGCUCAAAGUGUACUCCCAGUAUUCCUUUGUAAACGAGUAUUUAAACGAUCCAGCAUUUGAAAUAGUCUCCAACGAAGAGGAAGCAGAUAUCUUGUGGUUGACGACUCACUUUAAAGACUACAAAACCCUGAGCACUAAAUCCCCUCGGGUCUUCGUUAAUCAGUUUCCCUUUGAACACGUUUUAACCGUUAAGGACUUACUGUCAAUCAUUUGUAGAAGGAAAGCAGGUGAAUCCAAAUACGACCCAUUAACUUUAGAUACAUUUCCGAAAUGGCUACCAACGACAUACAAUUUAAGCACAGAGCUUGUGGAGUUUGUCUCCUACUUCCAGAAUAGAGAAGCCAAGUCCCUGGAUAACUACUGGAUUUGCAAGCCCUGGAACCUAGCAAGAGGUUUGGAUACCCACAUUACGAACAAUUUGUAUUACAUAUUGAAGUUGCCUGCUACUGGUCCAAAAGUUGCACAGAAGUACAUCUUCGACCCAAUCCUGUACCUAAGAACGGAGAUUGGGAAAGUCAAGUUCGACAUCAGAUACGUCGUCCUGCUGAAAUCAGUAAAACCAUUAUCAGCAUAUGUUUACACUAAUUUCUUUCUGCGAUUUGCCAACAAGCAGUUCGGUCUAGACAACUUCGAUGUCUACGAGCAGCACUUCACCGUAAUGAAUUACUCCGAAGAGGCACUCUGUCAUAUUAAAUGCGAGGACUUUGUGAAGAAGUGGCAGCAACAGUAUCCACUGUAUCCUUGGAAGGAGCACAUAGAACCAAAGAUAAUGCAGAUGCUGAAAGAAGUUUUCGAAGCCGCAGUAGCCGCCGAACCACCAAAAGGGAUCGCUCACUCCCCGCAAAGCAGAGCUCUCUAUGCAGUGGAUUUAAUGCUCCAAUGGGACGAAGAAGGCAUGGAGCCUGUACUGUUGGAGUUCAACUUCUCACCGGACUGCAAGCGAGCCUGCGAGUACUAUCCCAACUUUUAUAACGACAUCUUCAAAUGCCUGUUCCUCGACAAGGUGGACGCCGACGCGCCGAUCUACGAUCUCUUCCCGAAGUCCUAAACAACCGGCCAAGACUUCGCCACUGCCGUUCUACCGCGCACUUCUAACAUGUAAAAGAUAAGUUUAAGGAUACUUUUUCAGAAACACCGUGCAACCGUAGACACUGCAUUCCGAUUUGCAGAGAACAUUUUACAUACUCGACUGAUGUACACCGAAAAUUUCUGUCCCACAAUUAACGCAAAUGAAUAAAUUUCUCAUUUAUCGCCAA